AUGCCGCUCAAGUACUUGUCGCGUAGCUCCAGGUCGCCGUACCCGGAGCGGUCCGCCGGACCUUUGAACAGCGCGGAGAACUCCGCAGCAAGUUUGGCCAGUUCUACCUGGGCCACUGCCUCAUCAUUGAGGUUGCCGAAGCGGGCUCUGAAAGCCAUGGUAAAGGCUGCCUCAUUUGCGAAAGGGGUCGUCACUCCCUGGACACCGAGUUGCACCGAUACGAGCUGGGCGAAGUAUGGAGUGGCCCAGAUGCGAAGUUGCGACAGAAACCUGUCGCACUCAAUGACGGUUUUGCCAUCGUAUUGGAGGGGGAGGAGGAGUUUUAGGGUGUCCUUAUCAGGGGGGGACGCUGGCGAGGACAUUACCGGCGACGAGGGGGACAGAGGACUGCCCGCGGGCGAAGACGGCUGUUGUGACUGUCCACCGGGCGAACUUCGCGAGGAACGAGUGCUUGUGCGGCCUCGUGGCGGCGACGGCGGUGAAGGCGAUGGAGGAAGUCCGGGGGCGGGGUUACAUAAGAUAGGGACUGAAGGCGAGGCGGUGACCACUGACGACGAGCUGGCCCAAGAAUGCGGUGGAGUGUCGCUGGGCUUGGUCUUGGGAGGCCUUUCCAACCGCAGCCCCAGGGAGGGCUGGGGGAUCGCUUAA